CGAAGCUGUUUGGGGGUCCUACGUGAAGUGCAGGGUCUCUGCACAAGUCCCCUCGGGUGUGGGAGGCGGGGCGGGGAUGCGGGGGCUUCGGCUGCUGCUGGCCAUGGCCAUCUGCUGCUUCUGGUGGCUUCCGAGCAGCCGGGGCAAGACCCUGAAGGGCAGCUUCAGCAGCGCCUCGGCCUGGGAGCUACAGGGCCAGAGUAUCAGCCACUUCCAGUUCCAUGGUGACCAUGCUCUUCUGUGUGUCAGAAUCAACAACAUAGCAGCUGCUGUUGGAAAAGAAGCUAAACUUUACCUGUUUCAAGCACAGGAAUGGCUAAGUCUUCAGGAAAGUACCCAAGAGGAUUAUAGCUGCACAGAAAAAUUAUCCAAAGCUCCUUUGACAAUGACUCUGAAUCAUACUGAACACAAUCUAACUGUGUCUCAGAUUCCAUAUCCCCAAAUGUGGUAUGUGUUUUAUGUUGACAAGUUUACAUGUGAUGAUGACUUUGAAAAUUCUGAAUUAGAAGACAUCUCAUUUGAAAUGAUAUUACUAAAUCCAGAUGCUGCAGGGAAUCCAUUGGAUCAUUUUAGUGCUGGAGAAUCUGGGUUACAUGAAUUCUUUUUCCUCCUAGUCCUGGUAUACUUUGUGGCUGCCUGCAUUUAUGCUCAAUCGCUGUGGCAGGCUAUUAAGAAAGGAGGGCCCAUGCACAUGGUUUUAAAGGUCUUAACAACUGCAUUACUCUUGCAAGUUGGUUCAGCUUUAGCUAAUUACCUGCAUUUCUCCAGUUACUCCAAAGAUGGAAUAGGGGUUCCUUUUAUGGGAAGUUUGGCAGAAUUUUGUGACAUAGCCUCCCAGAUCCAGAUGCUCUACUUAUUACUGAGUUUAUGCAUGGGUUGGACAAUAGGCAGAAUGAAGAAGUAUCAAAGCAGACCCCUCCAGUGGGAUUCUACUCCAGCAUCUACUGGCAUAGCUGUAGUCAUUGUCAUAAUACAGAGUAUUUUGCUGCUUUGGGAACAAUUUGAAGAUAUAAACCACCACAGCUAUCAUGCACAGCAUAACUUAGCAGGAAUACUUCUAAUUAUUUUAAGAGUUUGCCUAGCAGUAUCUAUAGGCUGUGGUCUCUAUCAGAUCAUCACAGUGGAAAGAAGUACACUUAAAAGGGAGUUCUAUAUCACAUUUGCCAAAGGCUGUAUCUUAUGGUUUUUAUGUCACCCAGGUCUGGCAACCAUUUCUGUUAUUUUUAGUGAUUACCAAAGACAGAAGGCUAUUACAAUUGGUGUUAUCAUCUGCCAAUCUGUUUCGAUGGUUAUCCUCUACAGACUUUUUCUGUCUCAUAGUCUAUACUGGGAAGUUUCUUCACUUUCUUCAGUAACACUACCAUUGACAAUAUCAUCUGGACACAAAAGUCGGCCUCAUUUUUAAUACUUGGUUAAAGAGAGAGUACAUUCAUUUAACAAAGUGCAAUAAGGAUCCAAAUACAGUGAUGUUUCAUAGUUUUGUUCAAAUGUUCUGUGGGCAAAAAUGAACAGAAAAACUUGAGCAUGUUAUAGUCCUGGCAUCUGAACAGUACCCAAACUGAAGAAAGCCAAUAAAAGAAAUGUUAUGAAAUAUAUAUGUAUAAAGUAUGAACUUUUAAAAAAGGUUAUUCUUCUGUGGUGAGCAUUUUUAUCCACAUGGAAACAAAGGAGAAAAGGAACUGUGUAAUAUUUUGGUUAGAUAUUUUCAAUACAUAUACUUCCUCAUCUUGUAUCAAUAUAGCUGACUCAGGUUUGAUGGCCAUAUAAAACGUAAUCAGUUAAGUGAUUACUUGCUCAAACAUGUCUCAAAUAGCCCAGUUAUGAAAUCAGUUAAGCUUUAAGGAAAAUGUAGUUUAUGUUUAAGAAUUGUAAAGGGCUUGAACAAUGAAAUUACUUCAGGAAAUGAAUGUAAGGUGUUCACAUCUAAAUUUGGUAAACUUUUGUUUAUUUGUGGGUAGGGGAAAACCUCAUUUUUUUUCCCUAUCACUAUUGACUCUAAUUCAGGUUUCAACUUGAGUAGCAAGGGACUUUUGAUAAACAGUUAUGUAAAAAAUAAAACUUAAAAAAUUGUAUGGAUGGUAUGGACAGAAAGUCUAGAAAAAAAGCUUUUAAAAGGUCACAAUAUUAUGAUGGAAAAAAUAGCAGACUUGCAUGUUUAAAAAAAUGAAAAAUGGAAUGUGUGAUAUGGUACUAAAAUUUAAUCCUGAUAUAAUUCAUUUCUCUUAUAUUGAAUCCUCAAUCAUAAUUAAGCCAUAUACACAGAUUAAAUUAACAGAAGCAUUUCACAUAAAUGUUGGUUUCAGUCAUCAACUACCCAUGAAUUCCUGCCCAAGGAUACUUAAUCAGGAUUAAAUUUUCUAUGAAUAAUUGAAAAACAAAAUACUCACUGGAUUUGUUAUAAUCCUGGUUGGCACUGGAUUCUAAGUAGUUGCCAUCUUGAAUCCAUUGUAAUAAAGCCGUACUUUGUGAUGCCCCUGUAUUGAGAAUGCUAACUGAAAAAAAUAUACUUUAUAGAAGUGCCUGUUUAUUGAAAUAGAGAUUAAAAGGCUGGCAAUCUCUUUUAUAUGAAAUUAGCAUUACCAUUAAUGGUCAUUGAUAGGAAAUUUUUCUUUUCACAUUUAUCAGAUCAUUCAAAACUUUCAUUAUCACCACUCACUAUGUCACUAUGGUGAAAAUUUUAUUUGUAAAGAUUACAUUUUCAAAGAAGAAAUGAAACAUUAACUUGGGGAUUUUUUUUUAAAUUUAAAGUUAAUAAUGGAGCUCAAUUUUAAAAUGUCCAUAACUUUCUAAUUAUUUCAGUGUUUGCCCUCAGUUUUAGACUUGUUUCAUGUAAGGACUGAGUACAUUUGAUUAUGACUAAGGCAAAAUGGCACCAUGACAAAGUGCAAUAUGCUCAUUAAAUCAUCUCUUGAGGAGUUCUUGGUAAUUUGUUUCAUAAAUGAGAACUGCAGGUUGAGGCUAGAAAAUAUGAGAUAUAUUCUAGUUUCACAUGGUAUACAAAUUGGUCAUAGGAUUUUCCUUUUGCUCCAUGUUACUAAUACUGAUACUCAAGUGCUGUUGCAUUCAACUGAAGUAUAAUUAGUUUUUUUUUAAAAGAUAUAAAACAAUAGUUGUCAAUUUGGAGUUUCUCUUGUGCAGGGAAAAUACUAAAUCCUCAGUUAUCCAUCCUGAGUUAUAUGAGUGCAGUGUACAUAUGGCACUUAACUUUUAAGAGGAAAGGAUUCUUUUUUAUUCUAUCAUUUAUAUUCAUUGUAUAUAUUUGUUGUAGGUUUGGAUGCUUUUUAAAAUUAAUUUAUUACAGUCAUUUCAGGAAUCAUUGUUUACAUGAAGGAAAACUUUUUUUCAUUGUGAAAUUGAUAUGCCUUUACUCUAGGUUUACACAAACUCAGAAUUAAUAGUAUCUGAACUAGAAUAAAUUAUUACAUCUUUUUAUUUCCCUAAUACCUAGCAACUUCAUCAUCUCAGUUUGCAGCAAACCCAGGGUUGGUAUAUGUUGUGGAAAUCCUUAGGGAGGAGAUCAAAAGCUGACAAAAUGUUUUUCCAGAUUCUGUUACUGGCAUUUGAUCAUCUGAUUGCUUUUUUGUGUUUUUUGUUGUUGUUUUGAGUUUUAUUCAUGGGACCAAUGAGUAGUCAGUAUCUGGGGAAAUACUUCUUUCACUCAAAUUUCUUAAUAAAAUACAAUGUGAAAAAAUGUUCUUUUUAUUACCAAAUACCUCUUUUUGGUUUGUUUUUCUAUUGUGAUGGUCUAAAUAAUAAUUGUGCUGAAAUCAGAAAUAGAAUUGAGCAUGUGUAGGACUUCUUAAAAAUAUAAGGCUUGAACUGAGGUUUUUGACUAAUGAGUAUUGUAGUCAUUACUGCCACAGUACAACAGAAGGGCUUCAUUUGAGAAAUGUUUCCCAUAUAUUCUUAAAUGAAGUCUCAUCCAAGAGACAAGUGGAGGUUUUAAAGUCAUCUCUUUAAAGUACACUAGAUAGUCCAGUGAUGCUGCCAUUGUUCAUUUUUAUAAUUCCUUUUAGAAUUGUCCUCAAGACCGGUGGCAUAAUCUUUUUGCAUGUCCUUAACAUAACGAGUCUUCCUAUUUUGAGAAGAGAUUUGAUUUUUGAAAGUCAUUCAGAGCCAAGUUUGAGGAAUGUAAUAUUUAAUUAAAAGUAGUUAAUACUAUUUUGGUUUUUAAAACAUUUUUAGUUGUGACCAAAGUAAUGAGAAUAGUUUUCUUUUGUGGUUUGUAAAUGGAAUUCCAAAAGAGGAAUUUCAGAAAUGUUUUUGAGCAAUGAUAUCAUAAUAUCAUAAGAAACAAAUCAUCUAUAUGGAACUCAAUUAUUGGAACAAAGUUUAAGACCAGGCUUUUAGUAAAAACAAAAAAGUCCACCUAAAAUGGAUGUCACAAAAUCCAUACAAUAAAUCCUAUGAAAUUUAUUUAUAGGAGAACCCCUUUGGCUUUACUUUUCUUACUAACUUUUCAUAUGUGAAAUUUGAACAAACUUGAUUAUACAAGCUUUCAUUUCCACAGUGGAUCAAAUGAAGGUCCACCAACAGCAAAAAAUGAUAGCUGACCACAUGGCAGCAAAGCAUAAAUCUGAAAAAAAUUGAAAAUUAAUAAAGGACUAAAAAAAUAACAAUUUAAGGCCACUCACAGUAAGAAAAACAAUCCUGUACUGCUUUCUGACUUGUUAAAAGUUACUAUUUCAGCCCUAUGUAAUGAUUGGUAUUUAGGUAAAAAUGGGUAGUAACUUGCCAAAAAAAAGUUACAUUGUAUUUUUUAGAGUCAGGAUAUGUUCUUUAGGAGUCCAUAUAUAAUACAGUUUUAGAAAUAUUUAGAAAUCUAAGAUGAUUUGAUACUAAAUUUCAGGGGAGAGAUAGAGGAAAAAAAGGGGAAAUUAUCCAGAGUAACUUAUUCACUAAUGGUUCCUCGUUAUUGAGGCUUGGUUGUACUUUUAAGGACAGCACUCAUUUGGAUAUUUAUAUACUGACAUGUUAAUUAAAUCUCUUUGCAUUAUAGUCACUGUGUUGAUAUUAAAUAUUUCAGGUUCCUUACCAUCAGAUGUAUCAGAUUAUGUAAAUAUAGAAAGGAAUCAAGAUUCUCUCACAUAGUAGUUUGUGGACCAAAAGAUCUGUAACUCUUUUGUGCUUAUUUAUAGAUAUCUUCUAUUAAAAUAUGAAGGAGGUGAAAAUGUUUGUAUUUAAAACAUAACUUACAUGUGUGAUUAGAAAACAGAGUAGGUGUGAUUGGAAGAUGUUCAAAAGUGUAAUUCACAUAUUACUACAUUCCAGCUUACUCCCACACAAAAUAAACAUUUAGAGCUACAGUUAAUGAAUCUGCCUUGUUUCUAUCUCAUACAAACUUAAAAAUAUCAAUUUAAAAAAAAACCCAAUAAUUCUUCUCAGGAGGUAGCAUAUUUAUAAAAAUUGAGUUUCAAUGAUUUUUAAUUAACAUAAGUUAAUUAAAUUUAGCUUAUUAAUUGGUAUAUGUUCUCCAUUAGUAAUAUUCAAUAUAUUUAGUUCAUUUUUUCACAAAUAUUUUGCAUAAAUAAACUUAAUGUUUUUUAUUUUUUAGGCAAUAACUUUAUUUCAAAAUAUAUGCAAAGAUAGUUUUCAACAUUCACCCUUGGAAAAUCUUGUGUUUCAGAUUUUUCUCCCUUCCUGCCAUCCUAUCCCCUAGAGAUAUAUUAAACAUAUGUAGUUCUUCUAUAUAUAUUUCCACAGUUACCAUGCUACAUAAGAAAAAUAAGAUCAAAAAAGGGGAAAAAUGAAAAAGAAAACAAAAAGGAAGCAAACAACAAUAAAGAUGAAAGUACUAUGUUGUGUUCCACAUUCAGUCCCCAUAGUCCUCUGAAUGCAGAUGGAUCUCUCCAUCACAAGUCUAUUGAAAUUGGCCUGAAUCACUCCAAUGGUUGAAAAAAGCCCCAUCCAUCAGAAAUGAUCAUCGCGUAAUCAUCUUGCUGCUGUGUACAAUGUUCUCUUAGUUCUAUUCACUUCACUUAGCAUCAGUUCUCUCUCCAGGUCUCUAAAAUCAUUCUGCUCAAUAUUUCUUAUAGAAAAAUAAUAUUUCAUAGUAUUCAUAAACCAUAACAUAUUCAGCCAUUCUCCAAAUAAUGGGCACUCAGUUUCUAGUUCUCUGCCAUUACGAAAAGAGCUGCCACAACAUUUUUGUACAUGUGGGUCCUUUUUCCAUUUUUAUGAUUUCUUUGGGAUACAGGCCUAUAGAGAUACUCCUGGAUCAAAGGGUAUGCACAGUUUGACAGAUUGCUUUUCAGAAUGGCUGGAUCAAUUCACAGUUCCACUGACAAUGUAUUAGUAUCCCAAUUUUCCCACAAUCCCUCCAACAUUUAUCAUUAUCUUUUCCUGUCAGCCAAUCUGAGAUAUAUGUACUUAUACCUCAGAGUUGUCUUAAUUUGCAUUUCUCUGAUCAAUAGUGUUAGUAUUCUUUUAUUUUAAAUUAUUCAUUAAAAGUCCAUUAAAUCUAUCUUUGACCUUCCCUCAAAAUGUAUACUUUUGAGCCUAAAAUAGAUGAUUGGAUGCAUUACCCAUAAAAGAAAUUGCAUUUUUAAAAUACUAGCAAAACUUAAGCAGCAUAACAACUGGAUUUGUUAUGCAGAAUCACAUCUCUCAAUUUGCAUGGUAUGGUUAUACCUUCUCUGAACCUGCAUUCCCUUACAGACAGCCAAGUUUGCUUAUCCAUUUCCAUGUUCAGCACCCAAUUUCAAUCUCAGGACUAAUUUUCAUCAUCUUUCAUUCUUUUUGGCAAAUCCCUUUUUAAAAUCCCAAAUCAUCUUUUUUUGAGAUCAGAUGGGUUUUCCCCAAAUCAUUCAUGGUAAGAUGUUUCCUACUGUUUGCUUUCUCAUUAUUCUCCUUAAUAAUUUUAACUUUAUCUCGAUGUUCUUUGUUCUUGGGUCUUGAUGCUACAGCAAGAUUAUUUAUUGUCACGCUCAAGCUCUUGCCAUGAGUUUCAGCAGUUAUUACAUGUUUGAACUAUAUUACCUUAAAAAUGUUGGCACAAAUGAAAAAUUAAAAGAGCCAAAUUCAUAAAACCAAACAAAUCAAAA